AUGUUGCGCAGUCAAAGUAUUUCAGACAUCAAUGAAAAGAAAACUUCUUCAACUUCAAAACUAUUCAGUGCAUUCAAGAGACUGAGCAAUGGAGGAGCUAAUUCCAUCUUGACUGAUGUACAAGAAAAGAGGAAAUCACGUCCUUUGAGUACGAGUAUGUCUGCUCUUAAUUUGAAAAUAUCAUCGCCCAUUUUGAACGAAUCAAAGGACUCCGCCACCAUCACUACUACGUCUACUUCAGCUUACGAGAAUAAGGAGAAUGUCAGUCACGGUCAUAGUCGUAGACACCACAAUCACCUGCAUCAACAGCCGCAACAACAGCAACAACAACAACAACUGUCGCAACAAAAAGAUACCAAAUUGAAGACAAGAUCAAGCACACCAAAUCUUAACCGUCGGUCAUCGGCAAUCUUCUCCACCUCUGAUGCCAAAGGUGGUGCUGCUACUGCUACUGCUACUGCAAGGAUGCUAAGAACUAAUAACAGGUACUCAUUUAUUGCAGGGAACAACGUUCAGGUGUACAAUGGUAAACCAGAUGCUACUGACGACACUACGCAUCAAGCAAGACAUUCCAGUGUUGCUAGUAGGGCAACCACUGCUACUGCUACUGCUACUGCUACUGCUACUGCUACUUCACCCACCACCACAGACAUUAGUCCAGUAACAAUCUCCUCACAAACGGAUUCCAUAUUUGAUCAAUCUUCAAUCAAUUGCGUUGAUGAUGUUGUUGACGACAGCGAAGAUGGCACCUCUUCUGACAUCUCAUCCAUACAUACAGCAGAAACAAACAACGCAACAUCAUCUUCAAACUACACAUACGCUAAACAUUCCAGUACAAAGAGAGCCAACAUGCACACCAGCAAAUCCAAAACCACACAAUCUAUACCCGAAUCUCCAUCGUUCAUUUCUACAACAGCGAUUCCUAAAAAAAUACAUCGGACUACCAAUCUUUACAACUUGAGUGAGUUCAUCAAUAGGCUAAGCGUAGAUGCCGCUGCUGCUAAUAUUGCGUUGCCCAUACAGGACCAACUGGAUCAGAUCAUAUCCAUAAGUAAUCGACAAUCAAUUGAGUUUGAGAAUAACCAAAUCAAGAAGUUGAAUCAUGACUUGAAUACCCACAAAUUGGAUGGAGGUGAUGAGAAAGUCGAUAACGAUUUCGAUUGUUUUCACUGCCAGGUCAAACUAGUGGAAAAUAUCCUUUUCUUGACAACCACCAGCCAGAAUAAGAACCCCAGUGCAGAUAUUGCACCUGCACGCAAUUUCGAUUUGGAUCACGAUGAGUACGUAGACAUAUUGCAGAAUGAAGCUUACGACUUUGAGCCGCUGAUGCCGUUGGACUCCUGUUUCGAAUCGGAUGGCGACCAAUUAUACCUAAUGUACUGA